AUGACAGUGAAACUUCCGUUUUCGAAAAUUGACUCGGAAGAAUUUGCCGAGGCCGUUCAGCUCGAGCUCCUGGACCGACUCGAAGCUGCCUCCCAACAGACCGGCAAGGGCAAGGCCCGAAAGCGAAAUUAUGUGAUCUGGUCCAACAGUGGAAAGAUGGAGGCGGAUGAACAGGGACGAGAAAUCACAGGAUGGAAAUUCAACGAGUGGGACUAUGGUAAACCCAAGAUUGUCCUCGCCUCCCAAUCACGUGGGCUGUUCACCCGAGACAACAAGAUUGUGGUGAGAGGAUACGAUAAGUUCUUCAACAUUGGAGAGGUGGCUACCACAAAGUGGGACUGGAUCGAGAGCAACGUGCGGGGGCCCUUUGAAGUGACACAGAAGGAAAACGGCUGCAUUUUGUUCUUCUCUGGUCUUGAAGACGGUACCCUGUUAGUGUGCAGUAAGCAUUCUACGGGGCCGGUGAACACAGGCGACAAAUCCGAGUCGCCAGAAGUCGAGCCCCUUGACCAGGCUUCUUCUCAGGAUCUCUCCGAAGUGAACAUGUCGUCGGCUAGUCGGGACAAGGGAGGCAGUCGAAGUCAUUCGUUUGCUGGUCUCUUGCACCUCAAGCGCCAUCUCAAGGCAAAGGAUCUCACCCUGAGAGACCUGGCCCUUACACUGCACGAGCUUAACGCUACUGCCGUUGCGGAACUCUGUGAUGAUGAAUUCGAAGAGCAUGUCCUUGCUUAUUCUGCGGAGGAGGCCGGAAUCUACCUCCACGGUCUCAAUCUCAACACCCCCACCUUCAGCACCUACCCCAGUUCCCGAGUUCGGGAGUUUGCCGAGACAUUUGGCUUGCGCCAUGUCAAGACGCUCGAUUUCGAGUCAAUCUCUGAUCUCAAGAAAUUCCUGACUCUUUGCGACGAGACUGGGCAGUACGAGUCGAAGGAUAUUGAGGGCUUUGUAGUUAGAGGAAAGACUGGCAACUCUUCCUCAGACUUCUUCUUCAAGUACAAGUUUGACGAGCCUUACUUGAUGUACAGAGGAUGGCGUGAAGUGACUCGAAAGCUGAUUAACAAGGGACGGGCAGAGGUCCACGUUACCAAGCAUGUUCACAUCACCAACCAGUAUUUGGAUUUUGUGGAGCCCAUUCUAGCUGCUGACAAGGCCCGUGCUGAUAAGUUCCUGGAUGGCCACGGUAUCAUUGGUCUUCGAGACGAAUUUCUGCACCAUCUUGGCAAGUCUGGAAAGGAGUUGUCUCUACAAGAGGACCUUGGGAAUUUGACUCUACAUGACCAGGUCCAACACAUUGUCAUUCUCCCCAUUGCAACCAUUGGAUGUGGCAAGACCACCGUUUCUUUGGCUCUACACAGUCUGUUUGGAUGGCAUCAUAUCCAGAGUGACAAUAUUAAGGGUACGGGAGUGGGUCGAAAGAUGGUUCAGGAGGGCUGCAGAAUCAUCAGAGACGGGGAUAAGGAGAAGAAGAGUCAGGUCAUCAUUCUUGAUCGCAACAAUAGCAACCUGAUUGAACGAAAGCAGUUGUUUGACGAGUUUGACAGGCUGAAAUGCAACCCCAUCUUUGUUUGCAUGUCGUUUGUGGACGGAGAUGACCAGGUUAGAGAAAAGCUGGCACGAGACCGGGUUCUUAAGCGAGGCGAGAACCAUCAGUCCAUCAAAGUAGAGACCAUGGGCAUGACACGAGUCGAUCAAAUCAUGCGGGAUCGAUGCAAGAAGAUGCAGGGUGUCAAUAAAGCCAAGGAGCCCGAUUCCAGGUUUGAUCUGGUGAUUGAGUGCGCAGUUGCUGCCAAUGUCACGUGGCAGAACCUCGAGACUGUGGCUAAAGAGAUGAGCAAGGAGUACGAGUGGACUGUUCCCAAGCUUCCAUCUCGAGAGGAGUAUGAGGCGGCAUUUGCUGCUGCUCUGAACUACGCCCCUACGGUUAGUAAUUUGAAGAAGCCUCAGAAACUGAAGCCCCAGUACGUGGCAGUGGCUGUUUGUGGUGUGAAUGAGGUGCUUAGCAAGCUUGGCUCGCCCUUCCUUGCUCAGUUGACACGUGAUGGCCGUGUUCAGGAGGAGUUUCACGUGACCUUGGCGCACGUGGCUGAGAAGAAGAACAACAACUACCACAAGCUGUUGUCUGAGUAUGUUGCCAAGUUGCUACCCCAUCUCGAAUCGGGCGUGAAUCCAAUUGAGAAGGUGAAGUUCCAAAUUCAUGUACCACGGGCCAUUUGGAACGGACGAGUGUUUGCACUUGAAGUUGACAGUGUUCAGGGGCCUCAGGACGAGACUCUGUUGGCGAGUAUCGACCAUACCUCGCUCGACAAGUUUUUGCAUGUCACCAUUGGUACGGCGGAGGAGGCCAUUCGUCCUAUGGAAAGUGGUCCUAUGGUUCAGAAUGCGACGCACUCAUGA